AGCUGGCUGUUCUCUCGGCUUUUUACGCCCACUUCAGCAAAGAAAUCAGGAAAAAAAAAAAAGAAAAAAGUAUCAAAACAACGUGAGAGUGGACGUUCCCGUUCCAUAGCUGAAUCUCUGCCGUGGCAGCGAGUCUUUCCCCACCACCAUGGACGGCGUUCCCACUCCCCUGCGGUGCUUCGGCGAGCAGCACCCGGCGGAAAUGUUCGUGGAUGACGGGGUGGAAACGGUGACUUCGGUGGAGCAGAAAAAAGUGGAGGACACCAUUGAAGAAGCCAUCAAUGUUUACAAGCAGAUGCACAGCUUACCGCAGCCAGCAUUAUUGAGGGAGCAACAUUAUCAGUAUCUUAAGAAAGGUUUACGUCACCUAUCGGAUGCUUACGAGUGUCUGGAUGCGAGCAGACCGUGGCUUUGCUUCUGGAUUCUUCACAGUCUGGAGUUACUGGAGGAGCCCAUUCCUUCUGCUGUCGCCUCUGAAGUAUGUCAGUUUCUGGCACACUGUCAGAGCCCAACAGGGGGUUUCGCUGGAGGACCGGGGCAACACGCCCACCUGGCACCCACCUACGCUGCCGUCAACGCCCUCUGCAUCAUCGGCACAGAAGAGGCCUACGCCGUGAUAGACAGGGAGAAGCUUUUAGAUUUCCUAUGGUCAUUGAAGCAGCCAGAUGGCUCCUUUGUGAUGCACGUUGGAGGGGAGGUGGAUGUCAGGAGCGCUUACUGCGCAGCUUCUGUCGCGUCGCUCACAAACAUCAUGACGCCUAAACUGUUUGAAGACACGACCAACUGGAUCCUCAGCUGUCAGAACUGGGAGGGCGGUCUGAGCGGCGUUCCAGGCCUGGAGGCACACGGCGGUUACACUUUCUGUGGCAUGGCCGCCCUCGUCAUCCUGGGCAAAGAGCACAUGCUGGAUCUGAAGGCUUUGCUACGCUGGGUGGUCAGCAGACAGAUGCGAUACGAGGGAGGCUUCCAGGGUCGCUGCAACAAGCUGGUGGACGGCUGCUACUCCUUUUGGCAAGCUGGACUCUUGCCUCUACUCCACAGAGCCUUAUUCAACGAUGGAGAGUCGGAGCUCAGUCGGCAGCGGUGGAUGUUCGACCAGCAGGCCCUGCAGGAGUACAUCCUGCUGUGCUGUCAGAGUCCAACGGGGGGCCUUCUGGAUAAGCCCGGCAAAUCCAGGGACUUCUACCACACGUGUUACUGCCUCAGCGGCCUCUCCAUAGCACAGCACUUUGGGAACAUGGAGCAUUACCACGAGGUGGUCCUGGGCAAGGAGGAGAACCGGCUGGCUCCGACUCAUCCAGUUUACAACAUCGGUCCUGAGAAGGUGGCUCAGGCCUUGCAGCACUUCUGCCGGCUGCCCGUCCCCAGCAGGCCGGCGGGACCUCCUGCCGACUCGGCACCAUCAGAACCGGCUUCUGGCGGGCCUCAGUCGUAGGUCGUCCCCCCCCCGGUAGCAUCGCUUUCAACCUGCAAACUCUGCGGUACUGGACCCGAUCCAAGUAGGGAGUGGAUGAAAUAAGGGAGCGGACCCACAGUCGAGACAGGGCUGGAGUUUAGGAGCAUUUUUUAUUUUAUUUUAUUUCCCUGCAGACAGCUCAACAUUAUUGUCUGGACAUUUUUUAAUCCAGAUGUAUUCUUGCUUGUUGCAGACUUUUUUUUUGGUCCUAUAAAAAAGGAAAUUGUAACUUUGUAAGAUUUCAGUAUCACCUGACUUAAUAAAGGUUUAUACAGCAGUUGUCAUAA